GUAUUUGGAAAGCUACGCCUCAUAAGCGGCGAUAACCUACACUAUGUGACAGCCACGGCCACUGCUCCUGAUGUUCUAGGCAACAGAUCAAAAGACAGAAGAACGCAUCAUAAAAAAAAUGUUGCUUACUCACUGUCUCUUCUCUCACUUUCAUUCACAGUGGAGAGGCCAUCCGCAUUUACUUGUGGGGAGAUAUUGCCGCCUCAUUCCGAUAGAGAUGGAACAAAAGUGAUGUCUAACCUGCCAUUAUGCAGUAACCCUCAGGUCGACAUCAUCCACACGCCUGUUCUUCGACACAGACAUUGCCGAAAC